UAUAUGGCACAGUGGAGCUGCCUGGUCGGACUGGGAGGAGUCUGUACUCGCCUAGUGUUUUAAUUGGCUGCAGGCUACAGUGAGAAGCGUGAGUAUCGGUAAUUAUUCAGCAAUGUUUUGCACAAGAAAUGUCAGCCAGAAAGGGCUAUCUUCAUCCUCCGUCAAAUUAUACCACAACGAUGACAUGCCCCAACAACCAAGCUGGAAAUUCGUUUUUCGUGGACUCCUUAAUCAACGUGAGAACCGACAGUGGUUCGUAUUACCAGAGUAACGGCGUGUAUUUGCCACCGACGUCGGAAUACUCAUAUGGACUCUCCGGUGGCUCUUGUUUCCCGGGGAUCGGUAAGCGCAACGAGCCAAGCACCCAGAGCGUGAUCCCUUCAUCUGCUCCGUAUGUGCAAGGGAUGGAGACGUGGCUGGAGACGUCGAGAUCCUGCCGUGUGGAUCAACCCAGCGGCCAGCACAUGGCUCAGUGCUCCUUCUCACCGAGUAUAAAAGAGGAGGGCGCAUAUUGUCUUUAUGAGUCUGACAAAUGUCCUAAAGGAGCGACAGUAGAUGACAUUUCUUACUCCGCUGCAUCAUGCCCGGUCACCGGCAGCACCGUGCCGGUUCCCGGGUACUUCCGCCUGUCUCAGACAUACACGUCCUCCAGGCUCUACCAUGACGUCCAGCCAAACAUGAACCACUUUACUCUGCAGCAGCGACCCGCCCGCUUGGACAGCCAAUCCUCCUCUCAGCCGCCGGCUGCUCCCGCAGAGCCCGAGCGCAGGGAGAGCCACGAGGAGGCGCCUCUCCCUCCGCCGUGCGCUCCAGCUAGAGAGGAGGACAGUCGCCUGUCCUCCGAGAGCUCAUCCUCCCCCGAGCCCGCUGAGACGUGCAGUGCGGUGUGUCCAGAAAAGCCCAUCAAAGGAGACGGCAAAAUGGAAAGUACGGCUAAUUGGCUCACAGCAAAGAGUGGCCGAAAGAAGCGCUGUCCCUACACCAAGCACCAGACUCUGGAGCUGGAGAAGGAGUUUCUCUUCAACAUGUACUUGACUAGAGAGCGUCGCCUGGAGAUCAGCCGCAGUGUGCACCUCACUGACAGGCAAGUCAAAAUCUGGUUCCAAAAUAGGAGAAUGAAACUGAAAAAAAUGAGCCGGGAGAAUCGGAUCAGAGAGCUCUCCAGCAACUUCAGUUUCUCCUGAGACUGUCUGCGUCUCUGGCGCCCUCCUGCAUCCAUGGCCGGGGCGCCUGUGCAGCGUCCCAUGCAGCCAACUGUGAGAGUGUCCAUGGGGGGAAAAAAAAAAUAGGACCUACCCUCUGCUAACUUAUUGAUUGUUGUUCUUUCGACAAAAACGUUAUUUUCCCGUCUGUUUUCAUUUUGUCGUGGAUGUGUAUUUAUAAAUGGCUACAUUUGUAACGUUGAUCCAAUGUUGUGUUUUAAAAGAAAAACAAUGUUCAGAAUGUGACCACAAUGUUUCAGAGCUUCAGGCUUGUACAUAUUGUAUAUUUAACCUGAGUGAAUCACUCUGGAGUUUGCAUGCUGGACUAGACCUUGGGAUACUUGUGUUACAGUUACAUGUAGGUCUUUGUGUGACAGCUAAAAGAACCCAAGAGGUUUGAUGAAUAUUUGCACAUUUUGCUGGUCAAAUUAAUAAAAGUCAUCCCUGCAA